GCAAAAUAUACUCAAUCCUCUCUACUUUUCCAAUCCUCUCUUUGUUUUUCCCUCUAUUUGAAAUUUUUCCCACCAUACAAAAGACACAUAAAUAACAUGUAUAAGGGAAUUAAGGAAGACCUAAUGGCAGAGUUCCAGGAAUCCUUCAAUUUCUUUGACAAAGAUGGUGACGGUUGCAUUACAAUAGAAGAAUUGGCAACAGUGAUCAGAUCUUUGGAUCAUAACCCUUCUAAAGAAGAACUUCAGGAUAUGAUCGAUGAAGUGGAUACCAAUGGAAAUGGAACCAUCGAAUUUUCCGAAUUUAUUAAUCUCAUGGCCAAGAAAAUUAAGGAAACUGAUGAAGACGAGGAGAUAAAAGAAGCAUUCAAGGUGUUUGAUAAGGACCAAAAUGGUUAUAUCUCUGCCAGUGAGGUGAGUUGAUUAAUUAGAAGUAAUAAAUAUUUUUACUAAAGGUUUUUUAAUAGAUAGAUUCUUCGAAGAUCCGAAGUAUAUUUAAUUUCCAUAUAAAAUAAUUACAUAUGUUUAUCAUUAAAUAAAUUUUGUUUACAAAAUUUUGACUUCUUAAAUUUAGUGAUCUACUAUAGUCUAGAGUAACUUUAAUCAUAAUAUUUUAUGUUAAUUUUUUAUGCCUAAUAAGUGAUUAUGAUGCCAUUAUACUAUGAUAACUUUUUUGAACGAAGUACUAUAGUAGCUUAAAAUCAUAUUUUUGUAAAUAAAUAUUAUUCAUUUUAAGGAAAACUCGCUUUCUAUUUACUAUAUUAAUGUGUGGUUGAUUAGGUUAAUAAGAAGUCAAACAUGAAAGUCGUCUUUCCUACCUAUCUCUUUGACUUAUCAACUGGUUAAACUAUAUACUUACGAAACAAUAUUCUAUUUAAUGGAUUAGAUAAUGCGAUGAGUAAGCUAAACCACACGUCAUAUCCCUUAUUUAUCAUAAAAUGAAUAAUUAUUAAAUGAGCCUAUAAGCGUGUAUGUUUCAAUUCAACCAGCUUUUUCAUUCAUUUUAGCCACAAGUCAUAAUGUAGCUGAAAGUUGUUUAAUGCACUAAUACUUACAGACAAAUGUAUACCUAUAUAUAUAAAACGGGCUCUAAGACUAAUUCAUUAAUUACAUUUAAUAAAGAACGUUAGUCAAUCAAUGCCUUUUUAGUUAAUAAUGAAAAUGAAACAGUGAGAAUAUAAAAUGUAUACUUUUUUACCCCCGGGGUCAAGGUUGGGGGAAGCCUUCUGGGAUAAACCGGGUUCAAAUUCCCUCCCUGGAGACUGGAGCUUCGAACCUGAACUUCUCAUAUGGGAGAGUGAGCCGGCGACAAGUUGAGCUAUACCGCCUACUCAAAAAAUGUAUACUAGCUUCCGAACUUCAUUUUUUGCGUGGUUGUGUAUCCUUUUUGGAUAUUUAUUCAUAACAACAAUAAGAUUCAAGUCUUAAUUUCAAAAGAUUUUGGGGUGACUUUUUUCAUAACGAAAUAAAAAGAAUAUGUUAAUUGUUUAUUUAUUUAUGAUUUUUCCCGUUAAAGUAACAAAUCUUUUGACUUAACAUAACAAGCAAUGUUUUUACUAAAACAAACUAGCAAUAUAUAUAUAUAUAUAUCGUUAAAUAAAACUUUUUUACUUGUUGCAGUUGAGACACACGAUGAUAAAUCUUGGAGAAAAACUUACUGAGGAAGAAGUUGAAGAAAUGAUAAGAGAGGCCGAUUUGGACGGUGACGGUCAAGUAAACUAUGAUGAAUUUGUCACCAUGAUGAUGCAUAUUGGGUAGAGGCCAUGCAUUAUGCAUAUGAGAGUUUUAAUAACUCCAUUCUUAUACUAUACAAGUAGUUUUAAUUUUAUCAUUUACUACUUGUUAAAUUAAUGUUAAUUUCGUUACAAUUUGAUUUCUCAUUAUGUAAUGUACUUCUCAAUAUAACAUUGUAAUCUUUUAUUUGAGUUAUGUACACUACUAUUUUGAUGCUCCAAGUAAACUGUAAUGUACUACGGAGUAUUUGUCAUUAUAUCUAACGUCUCACGGUCUCACCCCUCUUU